AUGCUUCUGAGUGAUUGUAAGCAAUACUUCAACACUGAGGAUUUGUAUGAGAUCCUACGCGUCGACAGGACAGCAACAGUAUCCCAAAUCAAGAAGGCUUAUUAUAAGCAGUCCAUGAAAUGGCAUCCCGAUAAGGCUGAUUCUGCUGAAGACGCAGCGAAGGAUGCUACCGCAAAAUUUCAGAU